AUGGAGAAAGUUGUUCUGGGCAUCAUAGCUGCGUCAGUGCUGUGUGUGGUCUCGUCACACGUUCAGCGUCAGUACCACUUUGUUUAUGAGAGGAAGAACAUGACUGAAGCUCAGAGUUACUGCAGAGACAAAUACACAGACCUGGCCACGAUAGACGACGAGGAGGAUGUGAAGAACCUGACAGACAUGGUGGAUUUAGACAAAUUGGGCCUCGAUGAAAACGGCUAUCCGACGGCCUGGAUAGGACUGUACGAUGACGUGAACAGCUGGAGGUGGUCACACACAGAUGCAGAGGUUGAGUUCACAAAGUGGCCCAGAGGCGGGCCAGACAACUCUGGGAGUGAUCAACACUGCACAGAGAUGUAUACUACUGGAGUAUGGAACGAUCUUCGUUGUGAUACACCCCGUCAGGCAGUCUGCUCUUAUGUGAGAGGGUCAAAUGUGACAUUUAUCCUCAUCACUACUACCAUGAAUUGGACUGAGGCCCAGAGCUACUGCAGAGCAAACUACACAGACCUGGUCACUGUGAGAAAUGAAGCAGAGAACCAGGAGGUGAAGGAUCUAGCUGAUGGACAACAGGUCUGGAUCGGCCUCUUCAGAGACUCCUGGAAGUGGUCUGAUGGAAGUAACUCCUCCUUUAGGUACUGGGCCUCAGUAGAACCUAACAACAAAGGGACGAAGGAGGAAUGUGUGGCAAUGAACUUCCACACUGGAUGUUGGGAGGACUGGAACUGUGACCGGAACAAACCAUUCAUUUGUUACAAAGAGAUGAUUGAGCCAAAGCACAAGAUGCGUGUGGGUCUGAAGAUGAACUCCGCUCUGGAUCUGAACAACCCUGAGGUGAUGGAGGAAGUCUUGAAGCAGCUCAAACAGAGGCUGAAGGAGAAGGGGGUGAAUGAAGACGUCAAACUGAGCUGGAAGAAGCAGCCUGAUGGAAAAGUCUUCCACAAGGAGAAGAAGAAGAAGAAGAGGAACAUUCCACCAAGAGAUGAUACGAUCUGGCCAGCCAUGGACCCAGUGCACAACCUCACACCAGUGAGCUGCUCAGGCCCCGUCUCAGCCUCCGUCGUCAACCACCGGGGGUUCCCGCUCAGAUUCCUGUCUCUGUCUUUCGGCCUCCUGCCCUGUCUCCAUUGGGGUCCUGUCUUCGCCUCCGUCGCCGGUCACCAGAGGGUUCCCAUCUCGGAUUCUGCUGCUGGUCUUCAAAGAGGUUCCGCCCUCGUUGCCAGCCUCCUGAAGUGCUCCACCUUGGCUACCAGCUUGACUAUGAGGGAGGUGCUGUGUGUGGUCUCGUCACACGUUCAGCGUCAGUACCACUUUGUUUAUGAGAGGAAGAACAUGACUGAAGCUCAGAGUUACUGCAGAGACAAAUACACAGACCUGGCCACGAUAGACGACAUGGAGGAUGUGAAGACCCUGACAGACAUGGUGGAUUUACACAAAUUGGGCCUCGAUGAAACCGGCCCUCCGACGGCCUGGAUAGGACUGUACGAUGACGUGAACAGCUGGAGGUGGUCACACACAGAUGCAGAGGUUGAGUUCACAAAUUGGUGGCCAGGCCGACCAGACAAUCAUGGGAGUGAUGAACACUGCACAAUGAUGUAUGGUAAUGGAGAAUGGAACGAUGUUCGUUGUGCCCUAACCCUUCAGGCAGUCUGCUCUUAUGUGAGAGGGUCAAAUGUGACAUUUAUCCGCAUCACUCGUCGCGUGAGUUGGACUGAGGCCCAGAGCUACUGCAGAGAACGCUACACAGACCUGGUCACUGUGAGAAAUGAAACAGAGAACCAGGAGGUGAAGGAUCUAGCUGGUGGAGAAAAGGUCUGGAUCGGCCUCUUCAGAGACUCCUUGAAGUGGUCUGAUGGAAGUAAGUCCUCCUUUAGGUACUGGGCCUCAGGAGAACCUAACAACGGGAAGGAGGCUUGUGUGGCAAUGAACUUCAACCGUUCUGGACGUUGGGAGGACUGGAACUGUGACCAGAACAAACCAUUCAUUUGUUACAAAGCUCCAACCACUGAAGAACCAAACUGGACUUCCCGACCUUUUCCAACAUCAGUCCCAUCAGCCUCCACACCAGCAACAACACAGAGUUUAACCUCCAGUUCAGGAAGCUUCACACCUUCAUCAUCCUCCAACCACUGA